AUGGAGGAAACGAAUAUCAUUGUCAUCACAGGAGCAAACACUGGUAUCGGGCUCGAAACAGUUAAAUCACUGCUUCGUUCAAGUCAGAAAUACCACAUCCUGCUAGGCGGGCGCAACUUCGAGAAAGCGCGAUUAGCCGCAGAAAAUUCAACUUCGAAAGCUACAUCUCAGAGCUCAGUCGAGCCGUUCGAGGUGGACGUCGAGAGUGAUGAAUCCAUUCAAAGAGCCUUUGAAGCAAUCGCUGCGAAACAUCCUCGAGUUGACUGUCUUAUCAACAAUGCCGCGACAUCAGGGGCUUGCUUCGAUUCUUAUAUCCAAGAUGGCAGUAUCACCACACGUCAGGCGUGGAAUAAAUCAUGGGAUGUCAAUGUGACAGGAGCCCAUAUUAUGACUUUAACCUUCCUCCCUCUGUUGCUCCGGUCCCGGGAUCCAAGGCUACUUUUUAUUACCAGUGGUUUGUCUUCACUGCAAGAUGCCUCCGAUGCUAGCAACCCCAAAAACAUAGUUCCGCCGCCGGGUCUUCCUAAAACGCAGCCCUUCGCCGGAUAUCGUUCUUCUAAAGCCGGCCUCAAUAUGAUGAUGGUAGAAUGGGCAAAGUCGUUGAAAAAUGAUGGCGUGAAGGUGUGGGCGGUAGCACCAGGCUUGCUUGCCACCUCUUUGGGUGGUAAUACGGAACUUUUGAAGAAGCUUGGAGCCCAAGAACCCAGUCUUGGGGGCGAUGUUUUGCGUGGAGUUAUUGAGGGCAAGAGAGAUGCUGAUGCUGGUAACGUCGUCCGCGAGUACCUUACCCCAAUUCAGCCUUGGUGA